GAGCCCAUCGCUGAGAUCCUGCUGAAGGCCUUUGAUGUGAUUACCAUCGUGGUUCCACCAGCAUUGCCAGCUGCCGUGACGGUGGGGGUGGUGUACGCCCAGAGACGGCUGAAGAGGCGUGGCAUCUACUGCAUCAGCCCGCACCGGAUCAACCUGUGUGGGCAACUUGACCUGGUCUGCUUCGACAAGACUGGCACCUUGACGGAAAAUGGAAUGGAUUUGUUUGGCGUGGUUCGUGCCAAAAAUAAAAACUUCAUCUACAGUAAUGAUGACCUGAAGAUGCAAGUGUUUAAUGAGGACGAAGUUCUGGCUGCCAUGGCGACCUGUCACUCCCUGACCCUGGCCUCCUCCGAGACCACACUCCAGGGUGACCCACUGGAUCUGACCAUCUUCCGUGCCACCAACUGGGUUCUGGAGGAGAUGGUUUCCCAGGCCAGGAGACUGAGACGCACCAAUCCGCUGAUUAUCGUGAAACCAACGGAAACCGCCAACUCCAACAGCCAAGUGACCAAUGGCCUGGUUUGCCGAUUCCGAUCGGGAAUUGGGAUCCUCCGACAGUUUCCUUUCUCCUCGGCCCUGCAGCGGAUGACGGUGAUUGCAAAGAAUUUGGAUGAGCAGAGUUUGGUGGCAUAUUGCAAAGGCGCCCCUGAGACCAUCAUCAAACUGUGCACCACUGAGUCAGUACCUGAUGAUUUUCUGGAGGUGAUGGAGAGUUUCACGCUGUGUGGUUACCGUGUCAUCGGUCUCGCCUUCCGGGAAUUCAAGGGCACACUGAGGGAAUCCGACAUCCGGAAGGUGAACAG